AAGAAAAAGAAAUUUCAUGUUGAUACAAGAUUGAGUUUAAUCGAAUUUCUACAAGUUUCCUUAUUUAAAAAGGGUGUUUAAACAAAAUGGAGAAGCCACAGAUUAUUUCCCAUGUACAGAAACCAGUAAAUUACACAUUAUUUGAUACAAAGUGGAUUCCUUGUAGCGCAAAAUUUAUUGUACUUGGUAACCAUGCACGCGGAACUGGAGCAUUUCAGGUUUAUGAAGUACAACAUGGUGAUAUCAAACUAGUUCAUGAUAUUGAGAAAUCCAAAGCUUUGAAAUGUGGAACAUUUGGAGCAUCAAGUUUACAGCAAAGAUAUUUUGCAACAGGAGAUUUCGAUGGAAAAAUGCAAAUAUGGAACUUAGAGUCAAUGGAAUUACCUGUGUAUUCUGUAAAAGCCCACAAAGAAAUUAUAAAUGCUAUUGAUGGAGUUGGUGGUUACAUUGGAGAGGGAGCUCCAGAAAUAGUCACAGCAAGUAGAGAUGGUGCUGUAAAAGUAUGGGAUCCCAGACAGAAAAAUGACCCAGUGGCUACAAUGGAGGCUGGUGAAGGAGAAGAUAAACGAGACUGUUGGACAGUGGCUUUUGGUCACGCCUAUAACCAGAGUGAUAGAUGUGUUUGUGCAGGGUAUGACAAUGGUGAUAUUAAAUUAUUUGACCUCAGAAACAUGGCCUUAAAAUGGGAGACUAAUAUUAAGAAUGGAGUUUGUGGAUUAGAAUUUGACCGGAAAGACAUCAGUAUGAAUAAACUAGUAGCUACUACAUUAGAAUCAAAGUUCCAUGUAUAUGAUAUGAGAACACAACAUCCAACUAAAGGAUUUGCUUGUGUUACAGAAAAAGCACACAAGUCUACAGUAUGGGGCUGCAGACACUUACCACAAAACAGAGAUGUCUUCAUGACACUUGGAGGAAAUGGUACACUCAAUUUAUGGAAAUACACAUAUCCUGCAAAGAGGGUGAAGGAAGAUGAGAACGGAGCAGAAAUGGGCGUGGCUGGUACUGUCAAUCUAUUACAGAACGUAAUGAUGUCAACACAACCAAUCAGCUCCUUUGAUUGGAGUCCCGACAAGGAAGGAUUGUGUGUCUGCACUGCAUUUGAUCAAACAUUACGUGUUCUUAUUACCACAAAACUUAACAGAGUCUGAUAUGCAAAAUGAGAGUUUAAGUUUGUAAAAAUACCAGUUUGUUUUGGAAAAUCCUUCUCAACCCAAUAAUAUUUUAUAUUUAAUAUAUUUGAAAAUGUUUUAAUUCUUAGGUUGUUAAGGAUUUUCUUGAAACAAAUACCCUUAUUGGGCCAGUGAAAAGUUUGGGCUCUCCUGUCCAAAUGUACAGAAUUGAAUAUGAAGCCUUUUUGGUGAAAUCAUCCCGAAUUAUGUGUAGAAAUGGCAUCAUAUGCUUGGAGAAUGGAUACUUCUAAAGGGAGAAUUCAUUUGUGAGAUGUAAAAUUUAGCAACAUUCAGAUUUCCUACGAUCAUCAUUAAAUUCAUUGUUGCAUUACAAUUACAUGCAUUCUUGUUGUUUUAUUGUUAUUUAUUAUUUAAUAAAUGUUUUGCAUUAAUGAUGAAUAAAAACUUAUUUAUUUUUAA